AUGGCCAAAUCUUUCCCAAUACUCCACUCAAUGUUGUUCUUCAUGCUGAUCCAUUGGGUUUAUGUCUUGGUUUCAGGCCCUCAACGCUGGUGGCCAGCAAGAGGAGGUUUCAAGGUGAAAUGUCCAGUUAAGAAAGUAGACUUGAGCUGGUUUAAAGGAACACUCAACCCCUGCAGUGGUAUAUAUGAACCAAUCUGUGGGACCAAUUUGGUAACCUAUGAAAACCCCUGCAUCUUGUGUAUUGAGAACUUGAAAUCUUCUGGGAAAAUUACUUAUCUCCGUGAUGGACCGUGCUAG